GCUGAAGUUAUGGGGAGCUGCUGGAGCUGUCUGUACAGAGACGCAAUCCAAGACAACCACCCCACCAAGUUCAAGGUGACCAACGUGGAUGAUGAGGGGAACGAGUUGGGCUCGGGGACAAUGGAGCUCACUCAGACCGAACUCAUCCUGCACACGCGCAAGAGAGACGCCAUCCGGUGGCCCUACCUCUGCCUCCGUCGCUAUGGCUACGACUCCAACCUCUUCUCCUUCGAGAGCGGCCGCCGUUGCCAGACGGGGCAGGGGAUCUUUGCGUUUAAGUGUUCCAGAGCAGAGGAGAUCUUUAACCUGCUGCAGGAUCUGAUGCAGUGUAACAGCAUCAACGUGGUGGAGGAACCUAUGAUGAUGUCACGACCAGGACACACCCCUGAGAUGGGCACGCCGCAAACACCAAACACGCCAGCGUUCCCAGUGCAGGGUUUUCCAAACGGUUACCCCGGCUACCCAAUCAGUGCCGACUCAUCCCAGCCGUCGCUGAACGAGGACCACGGGCAUGGACUCAUGGGAUUGGACGACCAGGCACACACCUACGUCAACACGGUGAGCGUGGAGGGAGACCUGGCGAGUCGACACUGCGUCCACUCCCUGCCCGAAGUGCGGUCCAGUGCGUUCCCCGAGUCCGCCCGGGGGGGCAUGGGGCCGGGGCAGGGCGGGGGGCAGCCCGGCAUGCACUGCUGCGCCCUGGAGGAGCGCAAAGACCCUCAGGUGUUCCUGCAGCCGGGGUCACAGGAGGUCAAGUUCAUGCUGGGGCCGACGCCCGCGCAGCGCCACCUGCUGGAGCGAGACCGGGAGCGCCACGCCCUGGGCCUCCGUCCGGCCGACGGCAGCUCCGAAACGGAGGGCGAGGAACAGCCCGUCCACGUGUGUAACACGCACCCUUACCACCACUACCAUCACGUGAUGCACCGACAUCCCGGCAUGGAGCACCAAGGGGGCUGUCCCAGCAGCCAGCUGACCUAUGAGAACAUUAACGGCUUGCGGGCUGGGCGGAGACAGAGGCGGAGCCCGAGCAGCGUGUCUCAGUCCGUGGGGUCCAGCAGCAGCAGCAGCGCCGGGGAAACGCACACGCACACGCACCCGCUGCCGCUGGCUCACUCCCACUCGCACGGCCCCACCCCUCUGCCCCCGCAAGGGUACGGCUGCGACCGGGGGGGCCACCGGCGAACGGCGCUGCUGAACUACGAGAACCUGCCGUCCCUGCCGCCGGUGUGGGAGUACCGCGCCCUGCAGAGAGAGGAAGAGGAGCAAGACGAAGAGGAGGAGGAGGAGUACGAGGAAGAGGAAGAGGACGAAGAGGACUUCGAUGAGUACGAGUUUUCCGAGGGGCCCGGGACGCCCAACGGGUACCCGCAGGAGGGCCGGGGUGGGAUCCACCGGGAUGCGUUGCAGAACUACGUCAACACGGAGCAGAUGCAACCCGGCCGACUACGCCAUCCCUGCCCCCCUCCCCCGCAGCCCCUCCCCCCCGAACGGCCCAAUCGCGUCUUCAAUUUCGAUUUUCGGCGACGCCCGGGACGAGGGGCGGGACCUUGCCAGCACCCUCACCACGCCCCCUCUCGACAGCUCAACUACAUCCAGGUGGACUUGGAGAGCGAUUCGCCCACGCGACAGAGUCACGGGGCGGGGCUUGCGCAGGCUCCGCCCCGCCCCCCACCCUUAAAGCGCGGGAAGAGCGGUGCCGCGCCACCCCCCCGGCGAAGCGAGUUCUACGCUGUAAUCGAUCUGAAGAAGACGGCAGCCAUGUCGAACCUGCAGAAGGCCCUCCCCAGGGACGACGGAACAUCGCGAAAAACCCGCCACAACAGCACCGACCUGCCUCUGUGA